AGGACCCCCCGGGGCAGGGACCCCGGGUAGAGUCCCCCUGACCUUUUAAGUCCUUUUCCACAGCCCCUCUCCCGGGGCACGGGCAUGCGCUGACCAGUAGGGCAAGGAAGGCCGGAAUCAAUGUUUAAACACUGCAGUAGAAUGUGGGGGCCUCUCUCGAGACCGCCUGUACCCCGAUGGCCAGCCUGAUCGCCCCACGCUCCAUUUCCUGGCGUCAGGGCCUGCUAGAGCUCCCCACCCUACCCACCCGCAGGGCUUGUUUGCUGGGUUUUCCCGCCUCGUUUUCCCGCCUUCUCCCGCUGUCCAGGCGGGCAGGACUGCCCUGCCCCCUCCACCCUGCCUGCUCCGCUCUGGCCAGUCUUGGCGGGCACACAGUGACCCAUGCUGGGCACCUACAAAGUGCCUGGACACAGUGUUCGGAGCUGGGGGGGCGGCAACAAUGGACAAGGCCAACCCUGUUGGUGGUCUCCAGAAGGGUAAUUUCUUCUCUGGAGAGACAGGCAAAAAAUGAAUAAGUAAAGCAAAUCAUUUCAGAUACCACUGCGUGCAAUGAAGACAGGACAGUAGCUGGAGAGGCAUGUGGGGGUGCGCAGAGAGGACAUUCUGGUUGAGGUGGGCCUCUCUGAACGGAUGACAUUUGAGCUGAGAUCUGAGAUAGAAACCAAGGACAGAUGGGUCGAGGAGGGACGGGCAAGCUCAGAGGCCGGAAAAGGCUUAGAAAUGUAGGGGGAGCAGCCAGGAGGCCAGUGUAGCUGGGCAGAGAGGGGACGAGGUCAGAGAGGUGUCAUCUAAGGCCUCAAGGGGGCCUUUGGUCUUUAUCUCUUGAGAGCAGUGAGCAGCACGGGAAGGCUGUAAGCAGAAGAGUGAUGACCUCCAACUUCUGUGUGUACAGCUUUCUCUGGACCCGAGCAGAGUCCCUUCUAGGCACUGGUCCUUCUGCUGUUCUUUCCCCAAGUGGUAGGCAGAAGAAUGUCCCCCCUCUCCCAAAGCUAGUCAUAUCCUAAUCCCUGAGCCUGUGAAUAUGGUAGUUUCCGUGGCAAAAGGGACUUUGCAGAUGAGAUCAAAUUAAAGAUCUUCGGGUGGGGGAGAGUAUCCUAGAUGAUCCAGGCUGGUCCAAAAUCAUCACAAGCGUCCUAACAAGUGAAAGAGGCAAAAGGGCCAAGUCAGAGAAGGAGAAGUGACAAGGGAAGUAGAGGUUGGAAUGAUGAGACCCAACAGACAAGGAAUGUGGGAAACCUAUAGAGGCCAGAAAAGGUGAGGGACAGAUUCUCUCCUAGAACCCUAGAACACCUUGAUUUUAGCUGCUUAAGACCCAUUUUGGACUUCUGACCUCCAGAACUGUAGGAGAAUAAAUUUGUGUUUUUUAAGCCACUAAAAUUGUGGGGAUUUGUUAUAGAAGUCAUAGGGAACAGAUAGAGUCCAAAAUACAAAGUCCAGAAUUUGCUGUUAACUUUCUCCAACUUCAGGACUGCGUCUGUGCUACUGAGUGUCUUUCUGGACCCACAGUCAUCAGCCGAGUAUAGACCACAAUCUCAGGGACAGGUAUCAGGCAGGCCUCCCUGAGUCUGGGAGGCAGAUGAGAUCUUUCACAUUGAGAAUCGGCCACGGGAACCUGGCCUGUUCCUGGUGAGAGCAUAUCAUUUGUUUGCAUAUACUAUUGCAAAAACCCAACAGGACCAAAAGAGGGAAUACGUUCUUCAGGUGUAUUUGGAGCAGGGCUCAGCCCAGGCCCCUUGGAUAUCUCAAGUCAAGUAACUCAAAAAGAGGUCUGGUUUUCCCUGCAGAAAGAAAUGAGGGCCCCAUUUCUCCAGUCAUUUUGAGAAAGUUGGAGAGGUUGCCUAGGUUCGUUAACAAACAUGAGUGAAAGACUAUGCCAGGCCUCUCCAGAAGAAGCUUACAAACCACUCAGGGAGACAAGAUGGCAAUGUCUACAAAAGACAUCACAUGAAAUAAUAAAGCGAGAUACAACAAAGACAAUGAAGGAGGCCUGCUAGAGUCUGGAGAAUGGACACUUCCUGACACCUCUUCUGCUCCAGUGGCCCUCCUGCUUAGGCAUCAGCCCAUGGGCGAGUUAGGCACCAGGAAACCCAUCAGAGGGCGAAAGGCCUCAGUUUCCUUUUUGCAAAAUGAUACAUUCUUGAAGGUCGUUAAGUCACUCAACAAACCUAUUGACACCCCUCUUGUCUGAACCAGGCCCGGAGUAAAGCAGACGUUGGUGGGCACAAAGCUUACAGAGACUAAGUCCCACCCUGCAAGGACUUCCCAUUCAAUGGGGGAGACACAGGUGUAAAGAGAAAUGUCAGACGUGUAAGGAGAUGGUGUUCGUGUUUAGAUGGAGGACACAGUGCUCUAAGCAUUCAGUCAGGACACACCAGAUUUCAUGUCCUGGCCAUAUCUAUAAUUUUUUUCUAACGGACUGGUUGGUAUAGAGAGAGAGCCAUUAAAAUGACAAUGACUGUGUAUGAGCUUAACCAGUGUAUGAACCCUGAGAAGCACACAUACCACAUUUGGGGGCCAUCUGUUAGAGCAGAAAAGACCUUGGGGCUCAUUCCUCAUUCCUCCCCAUCUCUAAGUAGAGCUCGUAAGGAGCUCUUCCCACCCAGGCCUCUAACCUCCCGACAGGUGUUCCCUAUGGGGCAGGAACGCUAGGGCCUUGCGGUUGGUUUGGCUUAUUUAUCUGUUAUUUCCUAGGAAAAAGGGGUCAGGCUAUCAUUUCAUACACCAGUGAGGACUUUGGAAUUCCCAAGCUGUCCCACCCCUGCACAACAGCCUCAUCUCCCAUCCCGGCCACUAGGGACCCCCUUCCCAGAACGCUGGCUGGAUGAUGUCACAGACAGGUGACCUCACUGCGGCAAAGGAACCGGAAAUCUCAGUGGCAUGGGGGGGCAGGGAGAAUAUUUCUCUACCACCCCAACCCCCCAUGUCUGUGGUGAAGUCGAUCGAAUUAGUGUUGCCCAAGGAUGCAGUCUACCUAGCUGGCUCCAGCAUAAAAGGGCAGGUGGUUCUAAUCCUGAACAGCACCCUGGUGGACCCUAUUGUGAAGGUGGAGCUCGUGGGAAGGGGUUAUGUGGAGUGGAAUGAAGAAAUCGGGGCAUCCCGUGAUUAUAGUAGAGAUGUUAUUUGCAACAACAAGGCCGACUAUGUGCACAAGAUGAAGACAUUCCCAGUAGAGGAUAAUUGGUUAAGUGCAGGCAGCCACACCUUUGACUUCCAUUUCAGCUUACCUCCCAGGCUUCCUUCUACCUUCGCCAGCAAAAUUGGCCACGUCUUCUACUUCGUGCAAGCCUCCUGCAUGGGCCGGGAGCAUAUUCUGGCGAAGAAGAGAAUGUACUUGUUGGUUCAAGGGACUUCGGAUUUCCACAAAGAAAACCCAUUGCAGAGCUAA